GCCUUUGAACGCGUUUUUUACUAUGCAGAAGCAUUCGCCGUUUCACAGCUGACGGAAGUGACGUUUCAAGUGCAUGCAAUGUGUUGACGCCGACGCUAGCUUUAGCGCGUUAGUCAAACUCGGCUCAACACUUAUAUCUCAAAUAAUGUACAUCCUCACACAGUGUGGGGUGAUAGUAAAGCAUUCAACUCAAAUUUGUAAGGGGCUGUCUUCACUGAAUUUUCGCUAGUUGCUACGUUCUCCGUUGUUUACAAUUGUUUUAUCAGACCAGCAUCGGGCUCCCCCGGGCCCCUCCUCUAGAACCGCCUCAGAUUAUCGGGCUGCGCAAAAAGCGCGCAGUGUUGAUGCGCAAGAGCGGUUUGUUUUGGUUUUGAGCUUCCGUGUAUGAUUAAGUAGCGCGCCACUUUUUUGAAGCGUUUAAAUUUAGGAAGAAACAAAGUAACUCGCAUUUUUGAAAAUACACGUUUGAAAGUCAAAGAGCGAUGGAGAACCAAAUAGAACCCAGGGAACAAGGUGUUCUGAGUCAUUUGAUGGCUUUAGAAAGAAGUGGCAUGAUGCAACCUGACCCGCAUCAGUCUGAGAGGUUACAGAUGCUUAAAGUCACAGCUAUGACCCUCCGAGCCAAAAGAGAUCAACUUAAACAACAGACACACACCAUCAAGAUCCUAAAAGAUAAAAUCAACAAAGAUCUCCCUUUAGAUGAUGAUGUUGAUGCUGCCGGCUUUGUAGAACUACAACAGUCCUUGUUAACUGCUUGGCGAAUGCAGUUAAAAGACCUUCAGCGUGCCCAUCACUUAACUGGUGGCUAUGAUUUGGUGGAGUGUAAAGAAGGGAAAAGUGUGUGCGUGUCUUUUCACACGGCCUUUGAUGGUGUGUACUUGGACACGUAUAAUAUGGAGCUGGACCUAAUGCGCACCGUGCAGAUCUCUCGUCAUAACAUCCCCCGGUCCUUCCCACUCGAGAGUUUUGCCAAACAGAACUUGCAGAAGGACCUUAAAGGUUUCCUGCAAACUGUCAGCCAAAACCUCAACGCUUUAGCUGGUCGCAGACAGCAGAUCACGCUCAUCAAGGAGCUCAUUGGUUCAGUGGAGGUGAUGGAGAGCAAUCAGUUGUGUAAUAUUCUAGUGCUAAUGUGUAAAGCUCAAGGCGAGACACCUGUGGCUGUUCUGUGCACACUGGAGUAUGAAGAUCUCACACGCUGUCUGCCUACACGUGUUCACAUUGAGAGUGAAGAUGAAACACUUCCAGAAUCUCCACAAUGGAAGAAAAACCAGUCGCUGCUUCUGGAGUCUCCUGCGCACACCGCCCUACUGACAAUGAGAAGGAUGGGCAGCAUUGUUUAAAGAGCGUGACUAAAUUAAUACCAUAAUAGAAAUAAUAUC